AUGGACACCGAGAAAGAAGAUACCAACUGGGACACUCAAACCAGACAACUGCAAAAUGCUGUUGUAAAUGUGGAGAAGCAUUUUGGAGAGCUGUGCCAAAUAUUUGCUGCUUAUGUUCAGAAAGCUGCCAGACUGCGAGACAAAGCAGACCUCCUAGUGAAUGAAAUAAACGUGUAUGCCUCUACAGAGACCCCAAACUUAAAGCAGGGUCUGAAAAAAUUUGCUGAUGAGUUUGCCAAACUUCAGGAUUAUCGACAAGUAGAGGUUGAAAGACUUGAAGCCAAAAUAGUUGUACCAUUGAAAGCUUAUGGAACCAUUGUAAAAAUGAAACAAGAUGACCUCAAAACAACAUUAACAGCAAGGAAUCGAGAAGCUAAACAGUUAACUCAGUUAGAAAGAAUGCGUCAGCGAAACCCAUCUGGCCGACAUGUUAUUUCACAGGCAGAAACAGAAUUUCAAAGAGCUAUGAUGGAUGCUACCCCAAAAACUCAUCACCUGAAGGAAACUAUUAACAAUUUUGAAAAGCAGAAAAUAAAGGAUAUAAAGACAAUAGUUUCAGAAUUUAUCGCUAUUGAAAUGUUAUUUCUUGGCAAAGCUUUAGAGGUCUACACUGCUGCCUAUCAAAAUAUACAAAAGAUUAACGAAGAAGAAGACUUAAAAUUAUCCCAAAAUUCUAUGUAUCUACCAGAUUAUUCAUCUCAUUUAGAUAUUGUAAGAGGAAAUUCAAAGUCGCUUCUUCAGAGAUCUUUGUCAGCUAAAUGUUUAUCUGGAACAGGACAGGUGUCCACCUGUCAACUAAGAAAGGAUCAACAAGCAGAUGAUGAUGAUGAAGAGGAUGAAGACUUAGGUGUGACGGAAGAAGAAAAUUAG